GAGGAUAUCUUUUGAUUUUCACACCAAAUCUCAGAUCUAAGAUUAUAGGCUAUGUGACAUUGAUGGCUUGCCCUUUACAAAAUCAAUACGAUUUCGAGGAGAAAGCGUGGAGUAAUGCGAGGGAAAAAGAGAAAUCUCUGGUUAAACGGCGCUUCCGCUUUCGGUAUCCGUUCUCUUCCGGUUGUUUUAAGUGGCCGUUUAGGACUGAACUCCAGUUUGAAGGAAAAUGGCGGAGGGGUGCCUUGUCUUUGUCUCUACAUAGCAUGGCAAAAUAUGCCCGAGAGCAAGUCAUUUCUAGAGAUAUCUUAAAGGAUUUACUCUUUAAAAUAGACGAAUUGCUGUUAUUUAAGAGGUUUUAACACUUCUCCCACAAAGUGAAAUCUGUCUUUGAAGUUCUUUCGCUUUCCCUGAGAGGCGGCAGGAAGUUUGCCUUGUUUGUUGUGUACCAAGUUUUCGGCUGAUUAUGUCGACAAUGGAUGGCCAGUCGUGGCGAGACUUGCUCAACCCAAAGCCAAAGGUGUACGAGGCGGCUCGAGAUGGCGCCGUUAUUCUACUCAGUGAUAUACUUCAUCGGAUGAACCUCACCGAAAGAAGCACCGCUUUGGAGACUAAAACUAAAGAUGGCGACCAAAUCACCACUCCCUUGAUCAUCGCCGCACGCAAUGGCAACCUAGACUCGGUGAAGAUGCUGUUAAGGUACAAAGCAGACCUCGAGGCUCGAGGCACUGUCAAGGUUGAUGACCAAGUGAUCGAGGGAUGCACCCCUUUGUGGGCCGCAGCUGCUACAGGGCACCUUGAAGUUGUGGAACUGUUGAUAGAACGAACCGCGGAUGUCGAUGGAAGAACACUGACAAAUUCGACUCCCUUAAGGGCUGCUGCCUAUGAUGGACGGCUUGAUAUUGUAAGCUGUUUGGUUGAGAACGGUGCCGAUGUCAAUGCACGCAAUAAUUUUGAGAAUACUCCUCUCAUGGUGGCUUGCUAUAAUGGCCAAAUGAAUGUUGUCACUUACCUUAUCAAAAAAGGAGCUGAUAUGGAUCUGCAAGACAAACAAGGUAAUACUGUCCUUCAUUAUGCUGUGGAAAGGGGCCACUUUGAAAUUGCCAAUGAGCUAUUGGCUCUUGGAGUAUCACAACUGGCCAAUAUUCAGCGUUUGACGCCACUUCUUCUGGCCAGUAAUGACUGUAAAAUCGAAAUGGUGGAGUAUUUUAUCGAGAGACCUGAAUGCACAAAGGAGCAGAGAAUUGAAGGGCUGGAGCUUCUGGGAGCCACCAUUGCAAACGAGCCUGAUGUUUAUGAUAUUGAAAAAGCAUUCAGUUACAUGAAAAGGGGAAUGGAAGAGAGGUACAAGGACCCGUCACAACCACUGCUCAAAAAGAAAAUGGAACCUCUUGAAGUCUACCAAAAUAAAAGAGAGAGUCAGACUCUUGAAGAACUUGCUCUGUUAGAAGGUGAUGAUCAUGCCAUCCAUAUGGAGGGACUAAUUAUUAGAGAGAGAAUUCUUGGAACUGACAAUACAGAGCUUCGCUUUCCAAUUAGAUAUCGUGGGGCUGUUUUUGCUGAUUCUGGCAACUUUGAUCUUUGCAUUGGCUUGUGGGGACACGCCAUGGAAAUUGGCCAGCGCUGUAAUCAACCAAUCACAGAUGAUCUCAAGAUAUUUGCUGACUUCUUUUGCCAUAUGGUGCAGAGAAAUUGUCUUCCAAAGCAAAAGUACAUUGAAGAGGUCUUUGAAAGAGCAAUCUGUGAGUACAAAAGACUCACAGAAAAAAUGCAGUCCAAAAACCUGAAAGGUGAACAUGAAACUAAACUACUAAAAGAGGAACUUGAGAAUGUAGUUUAUCGUGCACUCUAUCUUCUCACAAUCUUUGCCAAAGUCCAAGAUUCUAGUAAAACUGAAAACUCAGCUCUGUUUGAUCUCAUCGAAAGAUUUCUGCGCUUGAAUCCAAGGACUCUUGAAGGUAAUACAAUGUUGCAUUUAGCUGUAUGGUCCAAGACUCCUACAGAGGAACAUUAUGUGCGAGAUGUGUGCAAAUUUCCUUGCGUUGCAACCAUGAAACUCAUCAUGAAUGCUGGUGGAUAUGUAAAUGCCGUCAACAACAAAGGAAACACUCCUCUUCAUUUGGCAGUGACUUAUAAACCCAGCACUGGAGGUCUACAAGUGUUGCGGGAUGUAUUGGAAACCCUGUUGGACGGAGGAGUGCAUGAAGAUCUCGUUAACAGUGACGGUAAAACAGCCAUGGAUGUAGCUGAAACAGACGAGGCUCGUAGAUUUCUUUCUACCAAAAGCAGACUGGAGUUGAAAUGCAUUGCUGCGCGAGCGGUACGAAAAUUUGGAUUGUCUUAUUUUGGUGUAGUUCCUAAGACUGUUGAAAAAUUUAUCAGUUUACACUAAAGGAUUUACUGUAUCUUCACUUAUAAGGGAUGUAUAGGUAGACAAGCUGAGUGAUCUUUUUUAAAUUGCAAAAAUUUAAGGAAUCCUCACCUUUUUCAGGGCUUGACACUAACUUUUGAACUCACUAACCAAGUGACUAGUGACAACUUAGACGUUACAACAAUUUCAGUCUGUUUACUAGCCAAACUGGCUGGCAGAAAUUCAAAACCACUAGCCAAAACUGAAUUUCUACUAGUCUGUGACAAGUUGGCUACUGUUAGUGUUGAGCCCUGUUUUUGGUGAAAGGUGAGAAAACAGACUCUACGUAACUAAUAAAACAUGAGUUUCAAAAACACAGAGCUCAUGUUCAAGUAGAAAAUUCUCUGCUCAAACAUAUGCUAUGAAAUGGAUACUUCUAGCUUCCAGUCUAAACCUUUAAACAAAGCAUUUUAGAAGAAAAAGAAAACUGUUGAAGCACAGAAGCCUUUGAUUUGAAUUCUAACUUCAACCCUCUCUUCCAUUUUACAUAAAAGUUUAGAGAUAGGAAAGUGUAUCAUGUCAGCUCAGGUUUUGUUAAAGGAAACUUUUCAGAAGUGUUGACUGUCCCUUGGAUCUUUAAUGAAAAGAAAAUUUGUGUUUUCACUUUUUCUCUUUUGUGUAAAUAAAAAAGUUACUAAAUAAUUGUAGAGAUAGAUUAGAAUAUAUUAUUUUUGAAAUACUGAUGUCGAAAUCAAUAAUAACUAUUAUUUUCAUUCAUAUUACCAUUACCAGUACUUGCUCUUGUUACAAAUAUCUUAUUAACCAAGUGCGAGGGCCGUACUGGGAGAAUAUUGGCCCGAGGUCUUGACAGUACGGACCG